UUGUGUGGCUCCUCAGCCUGACUCCUCUUCCUCCUCUUCCUCCUCUGCCCACUGUCGUGUCUCCUCCUCUGCUGAACAGAUUCCGUCACUUGUCCUCUCGUCUCGCCUGCAGCUGUCCCUCACACACUCAGGCCGCCGCUUCACCACAGCUGCCUCACUUCAGACAUCCUGUGAAAUUACGCGCUGACCAAAGGGCUGAUUUCGUCUUGGCUGCAGAAGAAGUGCGAGCAGACUCCACUUACUCGGGCCAAAGGAAGUAAGGAGUUAGGAAACAGGAAACAAUUCCUCACUCUUUGGCAACUGGAUGGGAAGAAGAAUCUUUGACCUUGGAAAAUGAAGAUGCUGUUGCCAUGGGAACUGUUAAUCCUUCUGUCACUCAAACAGUGCCUUGCUGAGAAUAUGCGCCACGGUCCUGUCUUUUCUCAGGAGCCCAGUGACAGUGUUUUCCCUCUGAGCACUGAUGAUAAGCAGGUCUUUAUUAACUGCAAGGCAAAGGGGAACCCGCUUCCACAUUACAGGUGGAAGGUGGAUGGCAGAGACCUAAACACAGACUCGGAUCCAAACUUCAGUCUCAUCGAGGGUAACCUGUUGAUCAACAACCCUCAUGUCAUCAAUCAUGGAGGCGUUUAUCAGUGCAUCGCCACCAACACCUUUGGGACCGUUGUCAGCAGGGAGGCAAAAAUCCAAUUUGCAUUUCUGCAGAACUUCAGCAAGAAGUCGAGGAACAUGGUGUCCGUGAGAGAGGGUCAAGCUGUGGUUCUGCUCUGUGGCCCUCCACCCCAUUACGGAGAGAUCAAAUACGCGUGGGUUUUCAACGGACAGCGCAACUUUCUGCAACAGGAUGCUCGCCGCUUUGUCUCCCAGAGGACGGGCAACCUGUACAUCGCCAAAGUUGAGGCCCUGGAUGUGGGGAACUACACUUGUGCUGUGAGGAACAUGAUGACCAACGCGACAGUGUUCAGCUCCCCAACCCCUGUGGUGGUGCGGAGGGAUGUAGUGAUGGGCGAAUACGAGCCAAAGAUAGAGGUUCAGUUUCCUGACACCCUACGUGUCUCCAAAGGAUCAUCUGUGAAGCUGGAGUGCUUUGCCUUAGGAAACCCUGUGCCUUCCAUCUCCUGGAGAAGAGCGGAUGGAAAUCCACUUCCUGGAAAGAUUAAAAUCAAUCAUGCCAGCGGGGUUCUGGAAAUUCCAUAUUUUCGCCCAGAGGAUGCCGGUGUGUAUGAGUGCAUAGCCGAAAACAGCAGAGGACGAAAUGUUGCCAGAGGGCAACUUAUAUUCCACAAUGUCGAACAUCUGCACUGGAUGCAGACACUGAAAGAUGCUCAUAUGGCGAUAGAUGCUAAUCUGCAGUGGGAGUGUAAGGCCAUCGGUAAGCCGAGGCCGACAUACAGAUGGUUGAAGAAUGGUCAGUCGCUAGUGGCGGAGGGGAGGAUUCAAGUCGAAGCUGGAAAACUGACCAUAUCCAGGAUCAGCCUUUCAGACUCUGGGAUGUACCAGUGUGUGUCAGAGAAUGAACAUGGAGCUGUAUAUGCCAGUGCUGAGCUUAAGGUUGUAGCCUCUCCACCUGACUUCACCCGCCGCUCAGUGAAGAAAUCCACAGUGAUCCAGAAGGGGGGUGAGGUCAUGUUAGAGUGUCGCCCCCACGCAUCCCCACGGGCCACAAUCUCCUGGUGGAGAGGAGGCGAACUGCUGAAGGGCGGCAAGAGGCAGACUAUCAUGGAGGACGGGACUCUCCGAAUGACCAACAUCUCCAAGUCAGAUGCAGGCAGGUACACGUGUGUGGCCAGGAACCAUUUUGGAGCAUCCAGCAGCACAGGAACACUGCUGGUGAAAGAACCCACCAAGAUCGUAGUUCCACCACUGAGUCUGGACGCCACCGUGGGACAGAGCCUCGUGUUGCCAUGUGAGGUGUCCAGCGAUUCGACCCUGACCCCCAUCUACAAGUGGUUUUUCAACGGCAAAGCCAUUGAUUUCAGCAGACAGGAGCACUUUGAAAUGAUCGGAGGGGGAUUUGUGGGUGACCUGAUGGUGAGGAACAUUCAGUUUAAGCAUUCUGGGAAGUAUGUGUGUAUGGUGCAAACGGAAGUCGACACAGUCUCAGCAGCAGCAGACCUAAUUGUCAGAGGACCACCUGGUGCCCCCGAGGGCCUGCAGGUGACUGACAUCACUGACACCACUGUGCAACUGUCCUGGGGCCCUGGGUCUGACAACCACAGUCCUGUUACCAUGUACAUGGUGCAGGCAAGGACCCCCUUCUCCAUAGGCUGGCAGACUGUGACAACAGUUCCUGAUUCUGUGCCUGGACAGAUGAUGCAUGCGACAGUGAAAGAUUUGAACCCCUGGGUGGAUUACGAAUUCAGGGUGGUGGCAAUCAACGGUGUUGGUGUGGGAGAACCCAGCACGCCAUCAAAACAGAUUCGAACCAAAGCAGCAGUUCCCAAGGUUGCACCAGUUAAUGUGAGUGGUGGCGGAGGAGCUCAAGGAGAACUUGUCAUCAUUUGGGAGCCAGUACCAGAGGAACAUCAGAGUGGAGAGGAGUUUGGCUAUAUCGUGGCUUUCCGCCUGCCUGGCAGCAGCACCUGGAUCCAGACGGUGCUGGUAUCACCUGAUAUGUCCAGAUACAUUUACAGAAAUGACAGCAUCACAGCCCUGUCCCUGUUUGAAGUGAAAGUGGGAGUGUACAACAGCCUGGGAGAGGGGCCGUUCAGCCCCGUGGUGAAAGUGUUAUCUGCAGAGGAAGAGCCCUCUAAGGCACCAUCAAGAGUCGCGGGCCGCACUUUGUCAGCCUCUGAAAUUGAAGUGCACUGGGAACCGGUUCCCUGGAGGGCCAGAACUGGGAAGAUCAUUGCAUAUGAGGUUCUGUUUUGGGAGGAAGGAUCUCAGCAGAGUGAGGCGGAAAGAGUGAAGGUUAUCAACACCUCAGCUCUGCUGUCUGGCUUAAAGGGCAGUACAGUCUAUCUGAUCUCAGUCAGAGCCCAGAACAGUGCUGGACAUGGACCUUGCAGCCCUGCAAUAAACAUCACCACCAAGAAACCACCUCCGAGUCAGCCACCGGGGAAUAUUGAAUGGAACCUGACGAACUCUAAGAUCUUUCUAAACUGGGAACACGUCAAGGCGAUGGAAAAUGAGUCGGAGGUGACGGGAUACAAGGUUGUAUAUCGUCAGACCUGGCAAGACAGGACUACUGUCGUGGAAACCAACAAGACCAGCGUGGAGCUGCAGAUCCCUUCUGGGGACGACUACCUCAUUGAGAUCAAAGCUCUGACCAAAGGGGGCGAAGGUGCCAGCAGUGGUCCCAUCCGCAUACCAAAGAUGUCCAGUCUUAACUCGAAAGGGUGUGUGUUCCCAGCUUCAGUGAAGAUUUGCUCUUUCAUUAUGUUUUUUUUUUCGUUCAUAUUUUCUACGUUGACUUUGUAGCUUUUGAUGCCUUUGUAUUCAACUCUGGACAUUACAGUGAAUUUAGAUGAUGAUUCUCCUCCUCGACGUGUCAGAUAUGUGGAAUAUAUCUGACAAGCAUCUCCGACGUUGGGUUGCAAAUUCAAACUGAGCGAUUGGAAUCAUUUUGACAGCUUGUCAAAUGCCCACUAACCCGUGGAUGGACUGUUACUUAUAGGCACCGGUACAGUAACGACACAUUUUCAUCUGCCGUCUUUUCCGGACUGCUGCCAUCCUCCAGGAUGCACACAUUUCAUAAACAUGGGAAAAUGGUUUCCUUAUCUUUAUUUGUAAAUUGAACAUGAGCACAUGUUCAUGUCCCAGGUUCAUGUCUGUUUCCACCUCAACUUCUAAGUGAUUUUUGACAUAAUGUGACCCCCAUGAAUGUUGUAGACCAGGGGUAUCAAAUUAAUUUUAGUUCAGGCGCACAUACUGCACAAUUUGAUCCCAAGUGGACCAGACCAGUAAAAUAAUGUCGAUGACAUCACCACUUCACUGUCCACGGAGGUUUGCCACCUGGGUGUCAUUAUGGACUCGAUCUUUCGAUGCACACAUCAAAUCUGUCACAGAAUCUGCAUUUUUGCACCUCAAAAAUAUCUCCCGACUCCGGCCAUCGCUCACUGAUUCUGUCGCUGAAACCCUCAUCCAUUCCUUCAUUACAUCACGCCUGGACUACUGUAAUGCCGUCUUGUUUGGGGUCCUGAAGAAAACCCUGGCUAGGCUCCAACACGUCCAGAACGACCAAACCUUGGCAACCCAUCACCCCCACGCGGAAACAACUGCACUGGCUCCCCGUUAAGUUCCGGAUCACUUCUCCUCCUUUGCUAGAAGUCUCUCCAUUCACUUGCGCCACAUUAUCUGUCCGACCUCCUCCAUGUGCACCGUCCCUCCCGGAACCUGCGGUCUGCUGACUUCGGUAUCCUCUCCAUUCCCCGCACCUGCAGGCAAAGCUUUGGCAACAGGGCCUUCAGUGUCACUGCUCCAACCCUCUGGAACUCGCUCCCUCUGGCUAUUCGCCAAGCACCAACUCUGGAGUCAUUUCAAUCACUGCUGAAGCGACACUUGUUCCUGCACGUUUUUGCCACCUGAUUGUUUGUUAGUGUUUGUGUUUUUGGAUCCGUCUUCUGUUUUCAACUGUACAGCAACCUUUGGUUUCGUGAAAGGCGCUUUAUAAAUCUAAGUUAUUAUUAUUUAUUACUUUUAAGUUUACCGUCUGGAACUGAAAAAUCUAAUAUUUUAGAAUCUAAUCGUGA